CAGCAGCGCAAAGGCUGCUGGGAGGCGGCUGUCAUGGCUCCGGACGUAAACAGAAAGCUACGCAUAACGACACAUGUUGUUGUAGUAUUAAGCCAAAGUAACUACAGCUACAUUUAAACUGUAAUUAUAAGUCGUGAAAACAGGUGUCAGGGAAAAACAUGUCCGGGGUAAACAAAGCCAUUGAGUUACAGCUUCACCUGCGGCAAAAUGCGGAGGAUCUGCACAGCUUCAUGGCGGGGAUGGAAAGCUGGGAGACGGACAUGAAAAAGAAGGACGAGGAGCUAAGGACGGGGGGACUUCAAGGGGAACAGAAGGCGCUCCCCCCUGUGCGCAACCAAGACUACAAAACGAAGAAGAGGGAAAGGAAGAAGAAGAGGAAAGAGCACUCCGGCCAAGGCGACGCGAUUUCAAAGGACCCCGAGAAAGGCUCAAAGAUAAAGGCGUACGACUACAGAUCGUGGGACAAGUUUGACGUGGACAAAGUUCUGUCGGAGAUGGACAAGGAGGAGAGUCCAGCAGAGUCAAACGAGUCGGACUCCGAGGAAGCGACAGGUGGUCGAGAGAAAGCGCUGUCCGAGAGAGAAAAGGGUAACGCGUUUUUCAAAGAUGGGAAGUACGACGAUGCCGUUGAGUGUUACACCAGAGGGAUGAGCGCUGAUCCUUACAACCCUGUGCUUCCCACGAACCGAGCCACCGCCUUCUUCCGACUCAAAAAGUACGCUGUGGCAGAGUCCGACUGCAACUUGGCGAUAGCUCUGGACGGCAACUACUUCAAAGCGUACGCGAGGAGAGGAGCAGCGCGGGUUGCACUGAAGAAAUAUGAAUCUGCAUUAGAAGAUUAUGAGACGGUUCUCAAGCUCGACCCCGGGAACGCGGAAGCACAGGAUGAAGCGCAAAAAAUCAAAGAGACUCUCGGUCAUCAGGCACCAGCCGUGCAGAGUGGAGUCCAGCGGGCCCAGGAGGCCCCCACAGCGGACCCCGAGCGGCAGAGGCUGAUGGAGGAGCAGCAGAGACGGCAAGAGGCGGCUAUGCAAAAAGACCGAGGAAACGCCUAUUUCAAAGAGGGGAAGUAUGAAGCGGCUGUGGAGUGCUACGGCAGAGGCAUUGAGGCGGACAGCAUGAACGUCCUUCUGCCCGCCAACAGAGCCAUGGCCUUCCUCAAGCUGGAGAAGUACAAGGACGCAGAGGAGGACUGCACCAAAGCCAUUUCUCUGGACAGCACCUACUCCAAGGCCUUCGCCCGCCGCGCCACCGCUAGAGUGGCUUUAGGGAAACAGGAGGAGGCCAAACAAGAUUUUCAAGAGGUGCUGAAACUGGAACCAGGGAACAAACAGGCCCUGAAUGAGCUCCAGAAAAUGCAGAUUAACGUGACGUCCAGCAGCCUUCUCCAGACACCAGGCGCCACACAAAGGAGAACCGUUCAGCCAGUGGACAAACCAACACAUUUGCGGUCAACAAAACCUCUGAGGAGGAUUGACAUCGAGGAGGUGAGCGGCGCGCCGACGGCGUCGCAGGUGGACUCGGCCUCCGUCCAAGAGGCAAUGAGGGAGGACGAGUCGUCUCCACUGUCGACUUCGCCCACCGCCAAGAUGAUCAAGAUCGAGGAGAUGACCGAAGUGCCCUCGCACACACCUCCCAAAGCCCCUGUGAGCGGGCAGACCAAACAGCCGGCGCAGCGGGGGGUCGUUCCGCCUCCUCCUCCUGAACCGCCAGCCAGCACCUCCUCAGCAGUAGCAGACCUGCCUCCUCCACCCACCAACAGCUUCCAGCUGGAGGCCGACCUGCGCAAGAUCGGAAACCAGCCCGAAGGGAUUUACAGAUACCUUAGGCAAAUCAAACCCGAGGCGUUCGCAAGUAUCUUCCACAACUCGCUGGAGCCGGACAUUCUCCAUCAGCUCCUGAGGACACUGCAUGGUUUCUACACCAAGAACGACGAGCCGGCCGCCACGCUGGCGAUCCUCAGCAGCCUGGCGGGUGUGAGGCGCUUCGACAUAGCCGUCAUGUUCCUGUCGCCACCGGAGAAGAAAGUGCUUAAAGAAGUGUUUGACUUCCUCCACCGGUCGGAGCUCGAGGGAUCAUCUGUUGCGGCCUUACAGAAGAAGUACGGUGUGUGACGCUCUGAGCUCCGUGGACUGCAUAUUAAACUAAAGUACUACGUGAGCCGAAGGAACAAUGUAGUUAUGUUGUACUACUGAAUAAACUUACGUUCAAUGCA